UUCCGGGCCGCAGUCUAGGGCAGCUACGUGUGUUGUCAUAGCGACCAUUUUGCGUUAACUGGUUGGUAGCUUCUAGCCUGGGGGAUGAGCGACUGCGCGCCAGCGCUUCCCCUACUCCCACUCGGCUCCCUGUGGCCCCAAGGCCUAAGCGGGCUCCGGCGGUCUGGCCUAGGGGUCCCCGUGGCCCCUUUGGGGCGGGAUGGCUACGGAAGAAGAGGACGAGGUGGAGUGGGUGGUGGAGAGCAUCGCAGGGUUCCUGCGAGGCCCGGAUUGGUCCAUCCCCAUCUUGGACUUUGUGGAGCAGAAAUGUGAAGUUUUUGAUGAUGAAGAAGAAAGCAAAUUGACCUACACAGAGAUUCAUCAGGAAUACAAAGAACUAGUUGAAAAGCUGUUAGAAAGUUACCUCAAAGAAAUUGGAAUUAAUGAAGAUCAAUUUCAAGAAGCAUGCACUUCUCCUCUUGCGAAGACCCAUACAUCACAGGCCAUUUUGCAACCUGUGUUGGCAGCAGAAGAUUUUACUAUCUUUAAAGCAAUGAUGGUCCAGAAAAACAUUGAAAUGCAGCUGCAAGCCAUUCGCAUAAUUCAAGAGAGAAAUGGUGUAUUACCUGAAUGCUUAACGGAUGGCUCUGAUGUGGUCAGUGACCUUGAACAGGAAGAGAUGAAAAUCCUGAGGGAAGUUCUUAGAAAAUCAAAAGAGGAAUAUGAACAGGAAGAAGAAAGGAAGAGGAAAAAACAGGUGCCUACAGAACAUAUAACAAAAUUAUCAGAGGCUAAAACAGAAGAGCCCACAGUGCAUUCCAGCGAAGCUGCAAUAAUAAAUAAUUCCCAAGGGGAUGGUGAACAUUUUGCAGCCCUACCCUCAGAAGUUAAAGUGCAUUUUGCUAAUCAGUCAGUAGAACCUUUGGGAAGAAAGGUGGAAAUGUCUGAAACUUCCUCCCUCCCACAAAAAGGCCUAAAGAUUUCUGGCUUAGAGCAUUCGAGCAUUGAAGGACCAAUAGCAAAUUUAUCAGCACUUGGAACAGAAGAACUUCGGCAACGAGAACACUAUCUCAAGCAGAAGAGAGAUAAGUUGAUGUCCAUGAGAAAGGAUAUGAGGACUAAGCAGAUACAAAAUACGGAGCAGAAAGGAAAACCCACUGGGGAGGUAGAGGAAAUGACAGAGAAGCCAGAAAUGACAGCAGAGGAGAAGCAAACAUUACUAAAGAGGAAAUUGCUUGCAGAGAAACUGAAAGAAGAAGUUAUUAAUAAGUAAUCAUUAAAAACAGUUUAACAAAAUGGAAGUUCAAAUUGUCUUAAAAAUAAAUUUAGUCCUUCCACCGAGA